AUGUCCCAAUAUCUUUCGGAAGUCUCUAUCCAUCCUACUUGCUCGUAUAUGCGCUCCAUUCAAGAUGGAGAUAUCAUAUUAGAAGAAGCAAACUCUGAUUUUCUAUCUGCUUCAUCUAUUGCUGAAUGGCUCCAAAAAAGCCCUCGUGCUAAAGCCACACUGACCAUGUUUGACGACGAUACCAGUAUAGAAUUACCAGUUUAUACUCUUCGUCGUAGAAAUGCUAUUGUUGCUGAUCUACCUGAUGCACCUUUGUUUUAUUUAACAAAUUCAUUAUUUUUCUUUUUACCCUUUGUGACAAUGACCGCUAGAAUCGAAAGUGGCAUAUUAGAGUUGUUUGAAAAUAAAGAUGAUAUUAAUGAUAUAUAUCAAUCAUUAUCCACUUGUUUGGAUCUCGACUUAUCACCAAACUUUUGUGCGUCGUUAUUUAAACCACUGAUCCAGCAUGCCAUUGGCAAUGGUCAUUUGGAUGAACAAUUAAAAACUUACAUUGCUAUCUUUAUUAAAUUGUAUCAGUAUAAUCUCUCGAAAGACUUUCUUGCCGCCAAUGACUUAUUUAACAACCACGUUUCCUUGAUUCAAGGUAAUGCAAUUGCACGUUCCAUUAAACCUUAUUGCUUACAAUUAUAUUACGCAGCUAUUUUGCUUGUGUUUAGAGAGGAACAUAUCGAAAGUUCCAGAUACCAAUUCAGGUUGGAAAAUCUGGCCGAUGAUAUUUUACUGAACAUCAUAGCCAUCCUAACUAAAAGCAGCAGUUCAAUAUUGACGAUCGACAACAAGGAGAUGAAUACAAACGUUAAUUUAAGUAUCAUGUGGAAUUGCCUGUCUGGUAUAUUGAAUUGUGGCACGAUUGAAUCAAAUGACACAAUAUGUAUAAUUAUCAAGGCGGCAACAAAGAUCAUCCAAAGCUUUGUACAAAAAGAUUCAAUUAUAACAUAUAAUACGAGCGUCGAAAACAUUCUGGACAGUUUAGUUCAAUUGUUAAACAAAGAUAGCUUAACUGUAGACAUUUCAAACGAGAUUGCUGGCUCAAUUUCGUCCAUUAUACAAAAGUACCCGAAUAUCAAGCUCAUUGACCCGUAUAAACUAUCUGCACUUACAGGUGCAUCAGCGACACUGACACAACAAAAAGAACCUAAUCCUGUAGUUCUUCGAACUAUAUUAAAUCUUUCGUGCUUAAUCUUAAAAAAUUACACAAAAGCACCUUGGUUAGACGAUGUUCUCUCCAUGGCCAAUUUCGAAGAUCUUGAGAUCCUAAAAGAAAAAACGAACUUGCUGAUUCAAGCCACAUCAGAUAUUACUUUUUCAAAUCAUCGAGAAGAAGACAUGGACAUCGACCACAGUUCUUUACAACAUACCUCAAAUCCCAAGGCUUUAUUCGAUUGUAGCACGAUCCACGAAACACUACUUUUGAACGUUUAUCCGAUUGUGAACCAAUUAACUUCGUCUGAUGGAACGUUUACUGGUCAGCAUGAAUUAAUAUUUAAGUUGAAGCAAAUUUCUAUUUUUACGGAUAACACAGAUAUUUCAGUGAUUUGUCAAGAUCACAUGAAGAGUAUUGCCAAGUUCGUAACGUGUACACUUGUAAGUAACCCUGAUCUUGCUGACAGUAUUACGCUUAUGUUUGGCUUGACAAGACGCCAGUUUAUCUCUAAAUAUUUGAGAUAUGCAUUACCUUACUCCAUCUUUGAAGUAGAGAAUGGGAGAGUACUAAAGGCCAUUGCCAAAACCAUGGAUGUGCCCCCCGUCAACCUCACCAACGAAUAUGGAUAUCAUAUCGUUUUAGCUUUGCUGUUAGAAACCGAUCCAGAAGUGAAAUCUGCUAAUCUUGUGAAAAUUCGAAAAGUUAAGAACGAAGCUGUCGGAAUUUGGGCUGCCUCAAAAUCAACUAAAAUUACAACCAUAUUAGCAAUAAAUUUGGGGAAAGAAGAGCUGAAAGAACUAUCGAAACAAGCAUUAAUUGAGAUGAAAGAUAUAAUCUUUGUACCGCCGAUUCCUCUAUCUCAAUAUUUGGCACAGUAUUUUGUAGCGAUCUCCACAAAAAUAACAAGAUUCAUCACCGAAAAACGAUCAAAAUGUCUAGCUAUUCACGAACCACACGCAUUACAGGCCCUGAAAGAAAUCAUGAUUUUAAUGGAUUCAAGAAUAAACAUGCAUGCAACUCUUCUUAUGAAAUUAUUUCAGACCGUUAAUGAAUUAGACGAUAUGCAAUCUGAAGCCCUUUCUCUUUGGGAAGUAUUUAUUGAAACUAUAGACAAUCAUGUUCUCGUAUCCAAUUUCAAUCGUAUUGUUUAUGGUUUACUCAAGGUUUUAUCUGUAUCCACACAAAUUAUACGACUUAAGGUGGCCAAGGUUCUGGAAAGUGUAUUUGAUCGUGAAAUUGAAACAGUAAAUCCAAAAUUGUCGGAUCUCCCAAUUCUACCAGAAUUCGAAGAACUUCGUGAAUUAAAGAACGAUCUUGAAAACCGACUCGCCCAAAGGAAGCAGAGCGGGCCACAGAUGCUGGCUGAAAUUAUGAAUCGACUGAAUGAUUCUGAUGAUGUUCAGGUUUUAUUCGAACUUCAAAAACUUAAUCUAUUACUUUCAGAUAUACUUCAAGAAAUCCCAAUUGAUGUAGGUGAGCUCUUUUCUCAACUACUUCAUUUGGUCCGAAAACAUGCGUCGAACAAGGACAUAUCUAAUAUCAUUGCCCUUUGCUUCGGUAAAGUCGGUGCUAUAGACCCAAGCUUAAUCAACGUCCGAAUGAUUGACAAUGAUGUGUUUAUUAUGUACGCUUUCAAAAGUCAAAACGAAAACAGGAAUUUUAUAUGUCAUUUACUGACCACCUACAUCUACGAUGCAUACAAUACUGUCAAAAACGAGUAUACUCUUCAAUUUAUACAAACAUCGAUACAGUCACUUUUGAGUUGUGCUGGAUUCUCUGACGAAGCUGAUUUAAGAACUGAAAAUUCAUUACCAAAGCCGGUUCAAGAGUUUUUGGCGCCUUAUAUACAAUCGUCUUUUCAAUUUAGUAUCCCAAAUGUGAACACCCAUUACCCUCUUUUCACUGAAGAUGGUAGCUUUGAUGAAUGGGUCAAAAACUGGUACAGACAAAUGAUUAAAGAGGCCCAAGGAUCUGCCAAGGCAAUCUUUAAUGCGCUGACCCCAAUCGUGGCAUCGGAUUUCGUAGAUAUAACGGUUUAUAUGAUUCCUUAUCUCGUUUUGCAUACAAUUUUACUAGGUUCCCCCGAUGAAAAUUCCGGCAUUCUUAGAGAAAUGUUGACCAUUUUAGAAAUAAAUGCCCAGCCAGAAACAGAUUUAGAUCGUAGAAGCAAGAACCGUCAAUACCUGCAAGUCGUUGUGUCAAUUACCGAAUAUUGUCGAAAGUGGCUAAAUAAAAUCCAACAUGGUGAUAGACUCAAAAAAUCCGAAGCUAAUCGAGUUAGGACAUUUUUGGGAAAGAUUCCUGACAAGACAAUGGCAAUUGCAGCUUAUAACUCAAAAGCCUAUGCCCAGGCAUUAAUGCAUUUUGAAACACAUCACAAAUCGAAACGAAGUGUAUUGAUCGAGCCUGAAAUUUUAUCCUAUUUAAAAAACAUUUACACCCAAAUGGAAAAUCGAGUGGAUUUAAAUGCUCUUUUGAAGGGUAGGUCAAACGUCUUGACUCACGAUGAGGAAAUGAUUCAAUCCGAAAUCGCAGGAAGAUGGGAGGAAGCUGAGAUUUUGCACAAAAACAGAAUUGCCGAUAACCCGCACGAUCCUUUAUUGUACACGGGUUACAUUGACUGCUUGAAAAAAUGGGGAAAAUAUGAAACUAUUUUGUACUCUACCGAAAAAGCAACAGCUGCUUUACCAAAUUAUGUGAGCCAAUUAAAUUCCUUCAAAAUCGAUUCUGCGUGGAGAGUUUCGGAUUGGCAUAUUCUUGAUAAAGCUGUUACAUUACCUAUGCAAAAAACGCCGGAAGCUUUGGUAGGAUGCUUAAUUUCCAAAAUACGAAAAAAUCAAAGUUUGGAAGCUGCUCGUUGUCUAGUAGAAGCCCGAAAAGUUUUAGUGGAACAAUUAACAUCCGAUUUUACAAAGUCUUACCGAAAAUCUUACCCUACGAUAUAUAAUCUCCAGAUGUUACAAGAAUUGGAAACUUCUCAGGCUGUGUGGGAGUCCAGUCAUCCGAUUGAAACAAUAGAUAAGCUUGGAAGAAAUUGGGACUACAACCAUCAAAACAUUGUUUGCAAUUACCAAUACAGACACAAUUUACUCGAAUUAAGAAAAGCUGCAUAUUUUGAUAUUAGACCCAAGCCUAAUGUGAAAAUACAAGCAUCUAAAGCAUGGUUAAAAAUUGCAAAGUCUUACAGAAAGGCAGGUAAUUAUCUCACAGCGUACGAUGCCAUUAUAAAAGCAGAAAAUAUAAGCGGGGAGUCAUACUACAACGAAAAAGCAAAAUGGUAUUGGGCUGCCGGUCAAGAAAAGAAAGCCUGGGAUUUGCUCAUGUCAAUGAGCAAUUUAAAUUCAAUGAAACCAGAAGAUGCUAUAUUGUUAUCAAAAUUUCAUGACCGUGAUAAUACUCUUUUGGAAAAAUCAAAAAUUAGGAAAUACUUCGCUGCAGCAUUGAAAGAUAGUGAAAUCACGGAAAAAUUGCUCCAUAGCUGCACAAUGUAUUACAACAGAUUGAUGGAAGGCUACGUCGAUCCCACAACGAAGACAAGAAUUCUUGUCUAUAUUGCCAAAACCUCAGCUAGGACACUUCAGCAUGGUUCCAAAUAUUACUAUAGCUCCAUGUCUAUGCUUAUUAACUCUUGGUUUGAACUAGCGAUAUUUCAAAGACGUUGUCCUGAAUUUAAGAAUGAUGAUCAUAUGUUUACUAAAAAGCGAGCAUGGGAGAUGCAAAUCAAUGAGCAACUAAAGACAAUAAAUGACUUGAUGAGAAAUAUUACAAAUCGAGUCCCGAUUAUUCAGUCUUUUUUGACAAGACUGAUUUCAUAUCUUACGUUCGAUAACACUGAAAUUGCAGAAUGUUUAAUGAAAAUUAUUGGCGAUGUUUUUGUUGAAUACCCAAAAAGCUCCAUUUGGUUGCUUUUAGCUGUAGAAAAUUCACAAGAAACGCACGUGGCCGAAAGAGUCAAAAACAUUCUCGAUAAAGCUCAGCGUGUUCAUGGAGAUUCAAUGAUCCCAAAGAUUAUCAAUCAAGCACGCACUCUUGUAAAUGCAUUGCUUGAUUUGGCUAACCUCAAAUUUGAAAAAACAGCUCGUGGAGAUAUGGACUUGCGAGACGAAUACAAAGUUCAAACUCUAUUUAAGCUACGUAAUUUAGAUGUAUAUAUACCAACAGAAGCCAGUUUGUAUCCUACUUUACCACAGCUCAUGGAUAGAGGAAGCAUAACUAGCAGAAUGUUUCCUACCGAUUUGCCUUAUAUUAAUAGUAUUGAUUCAAAUAUCACUGUCAUGUAUUCGCUUCAAAAACCUAAAAGAAUAACAAUUCAAGGUAGCGAUGGAAAAAAAUACAGGUUUUUGGUCAAGACGGAUGAUGAUUUACGUAAAGAUGCUCGAACAAUGGAAUUUAAUUAUGCUAUCAACUCUUUCUUGAAGAAAAACCCCAAAUCGCGAGACAACGAAUUAUAUAUUCGAACUUAUGCUGUAAUUCCUCUUGGAGACAAAUGGGGUUUGAUUCAAUGGAUCAAUAAUAUUUCACCAUUAAAAGCCAUUGUAAAUAAGCAAUGGGAACAAGAUGGAUGCCCAAGUAUUCAGGAGACGUCAGUUACCUUAAAUAAAUAUGCUCUACAGCUCCCACGUGAACUACACAAACUAUUUGUUGAUACAAUUCUUCCCAGAUGUCCUCCCGUUUUUUACAAAUGGUUUUUAAAAUGUUUCCCAGAACCUAAUCAAUGGCUUGCAAGUCGAACUAGGUAUACAAAGACUUUAGCUGUAAUGUCUAUUGUUGGAUACAUGAUUGGUCUUGGAGAUCGUCAUGCCGAAAAUAUAUUGUUCGACGAGACCAAUGGUGAUUGUGUCCACGUUGAUUUAAAUAUGUUGUUUGACAUAGGCUCCGGCCUUAAUGUUCCUGAAGUUGUACCUUUUAGAUUGACUCAAAACCUUGUUGAUGCCAUGGGUGUCUUGGGAUAUGCGGGGACUUUUACCGUUACUUGUGACAUUACCAUGGCUGUUUUACUCCAGAAUAAGGACGCGCUUACGAGUGUGUUUCAAACCCUCGGAAAUGUCUGGAUUUUCAAAAGCGAUGACCCGAACAGACGGUAUAGUCAAAGGAUUCAAAAUGAAGCGAAAUUUAAGAAUGCAAUGGAAAAAAAAUUUAAAUUGAAUCCGGGAGAAACACCCGAAAGUAGAGUUAAAGAUCUUAUUACAAAAGCUUCUGACCCCCAUAAUCUGUCCAAGAUGUUUGCUGGCUGGGCUCCAUUUGUCUAA